GCUGAUUAUGACAGUACCCUGUGAUGAUGACAACAAAUCUUUAUUUACAGUUUUUUCACAUCCCUGCUCUCAUCCGAUUGAACUAAACAGAGCAGAAAUGAAUAUUGUCCGAAAUGAUUUCAAAAUUAUGCCCCGGUCGAUGGUGUGCGAGGACAGCAACCUGCAGGGUGACAUCACGAUCUCUUCCGGAUGUGUCAUCCAUCCGUGUUCGACGAUAAUUGCCGAAACGGGACCAAUCGUGCUAGGUGAAAACUGUAUCGUUGAGGAGUAUGCUACGCUGCGCUACCGGAUACCGGAAGAUCAUCCGAACCAUGGACAGCUGACCGAGGACGGGAAAGCGAAACCACUGAUAAUUGGACCGGACAAUGUGUUCGAGGUUGGUUGCACGGUUGAGGCCCUUUCAAUCGGCGAACGGAAUGUAUUCGAAUGCAAGAGCUACGUGUCGGCGGAUGUCACGGUCGGAAGUGGGUGCGUCAUUGGUGCUGGUUGCCGGCUGGUUGGUAAACAGACGCUAGCGGAUAAGACGAUUGUGUACGAGGGUGAGUGUAUGCAGCGGGAAGCGAUGGAUAAGCAGAAAACGCAAAUGAUCCAGCUGGACUAUUUGCGGAAGAUACUGCCAAACUAUCAUCAUCUCAGGAAGGCUAAUUAUGAUCCAAAGAAGGUGCGGGCACAAGUUUGAGAUGGGUUUGAAAAAAAAAGCACACUUAGCAUGUAAAGUACAUUGAUAUUCCGUUCCAUUUAGUUUUUGCUUCGUUGAUUGAUUUAGUAACUUACUUAAUACAAAUAUGUGUAAUUGCGUGUUGGUAUACCUAAUAAUUUUAAAGCUAACACAAUAAAGUUUGCUUACCAUCUAAGCUUAUAGAAAAA